AUGUCCCCUACUAGUAAUGAUGAUGUAUCAACAUCCUUUAUUAUUGCUGAUAAGUUUGUUCAGUGGCGCAGGGCUAUGGCCGACGAGUACGAGGCCUUUCUUCAAAAUUGCACUUGGACUCUAGUCCCGAUUAUGGAUUCCAUGAAUGUUGUAGGUUGUAGAUGGGUCUAUAAGAUCAAACAAAAGUCUGACGGCUCCAUUAAGUGCUACAAGGUGCGAUUAGUUGCAAAGAGGUUCCAUCAACAAUUGGCUCAGACCAUAUUGCCUGUGUCAUUUCAGCUCUCUCCACAGAGUUUUUCGCUGAAGGACUUGAGUUCUCUUCAUUACUUUCUUGGUAUUGAGGUAGUUCUCCGGUCUCCUUCUGUCCCAACAAAAGUAUAUCCUUGA